GGCUGUUCGCGUUGACACCUCGUUCCAGCUCACAUUCUUCAUGCCUCUCUUCUGCUUUGACUUGUUCAGUACACGCGGUAGAAUAGAUCAAGAGUAUUGCAAUGACGUGCGAUCGAGCUCGAUCACCUUUAGAACGUUCAAUUGCCGAAAACUCCCCGGAUCCCAGUGUCAUAUGGGUAUGCUCUUAUAUAUAAACCACUCAUCAAUAUGAAGGUCUGCUGUACCUUCCCGGCCACCACCCAGGGACAACGUUAUGGCAGCCGUUCAACCACUUGUGUUUCGCUGGGGGAUCAUCUCCACGGGUUUCAUAGCUGAAGCUUUCGUCAAAGACCUUCGUGUCGAUCCUAAAACACGCGAUGUUCACGACGUCGUUCACGUUGUAGCAGCAGUCGGCUCGCGAAGCGUUGAGAAAGCCCAGACCUUCAUUGAUAAACAUGCAGCUGGUGACACGAGUAUCAAGACAUAUGGAAGUUAUGCUGAAGUAUACGCUGAUCCGAAUGUCGACGCCGUCUAUAUUGGUACUCCCCACACUUAUCACUACGAGAAUGCUAGGGACGCGCUUCUCGCAGGCAAGCAUGUACUCUGCGAGAAGGCUACAACGUCCAAUGCAGCCGAGCUGCGUGCAUUGCUCAAGCUUGCUAAAGAACGUAACCUCUUCUUCAUGGAGGCACUGUGGACACGAUUCCAUCCUCUGACCAAGGAAGUGAAGCGUAUAGCCGAGGAAGGCUCCUUGGGUGAUCCAGUGGUGCUACACGCUGACCUAUCUGGAGAUUUCGACAUCGACAACAUUCCUAAGACUCAUCGCAUCUUGGACCCUCAUCUUGGAGGAGGCGCACUCUUGGAUCUAGGGCCUUAUCCUAUGAUUUGGGCCGUUUUGGCACUCUAUGAGCACCCGUCCAACAAACGAGCACUGCCAACAGGCAUCACUGGAGCAAUGCUGAAGACGCCUCUGAAGGGCGUUGACAGCAGCACGUCAUUCACACUGAACUUCACAGAACACCUUCGUGCCCAAGCUAUAUUGAGCUGCAGUAUAACUCUUCCUCCACCAAACCCUGGGGUCAUCAUACGGUACCGCAACGGUAACAUUCUCAUCAACCCACCGAUCUACUGCCCAAAGUCGUUCAUUGUGCAAUACUUCGACAAACCUGGUAGCGGUGUGGUUGUGAGAGAAGAGAAACGAGUGUUCAGCUACGUUGGAGGUGGAUGGCAUUUUGAGGCCGAUGAAGUUGCUAGAUGCGUACGAGAGGGCAAACUUGAAAGUGAGAUAUGGGGACAUGACAAGAGCCUUCUGCUCAUGGAUGUCUUUGACGAGGUUCGACGACAAGGUGAUUACAAGUUCCCAGAAGGUGUGGAGAAAGUAUUUGCAUGAGAAGGGUAUGAAUUAAAUGCCGUGUAUUGAACAUCUACUGGACUGUAUCUACGUGUAACGCCUUCAGUAGGCACCAAAUCUGUGACGGAGUUCUGUGAGACG